AUGAAUAGGACUUCGUUAACUGCACUAGUGGAGAGGUUCCAUAAUGCCCACAACACCUUCCAUCUACCCACAGGAGAGCUUAUAGUGACUCCAAAGGAUGUAUAUAGGAUUCUUCAGAUCCCAAUCACAGAAGAGUUGGUACAGUAUUAUCGGCAUGAGGCAGGAGGUACAACGGCCUUACGCUUUACAACUGUCAAAGAAACUUUGGCUACUCAGCUUUACAACUGUCUUCAGCAGUUGGGAAUACGGGCGUUUCUUGAUAAGGAAGAGAAGGAACUUGGAAAUUCUUUUCCUUCUACAAUCGAGACUGCCAUCCGCUCUGCUAAGGUACACAUAACCAUCUUUUCCAAAAGAUAUGCAGAGUCGCCUUGGUGCCUGGCUGAGCUAGUUCUCAUGUUAGACAGCCAGGCCAAAAUUAUUCGUGUGUUUUACGAAGUGAAGCCUAGUGACCUCCGCCACAUUGAAAACGGAGCAUACGCUGAUGCAUUCAAGAAAUAUGAGGAAAAGGGCAGGUACCUGGACAAGCAUAACCAGUGGAAAGAAGCUCUUCAGUCACUUUCAUUAAUAGCUGGGGAAGAAUUUGACAGAUUCAGUGACUGUAAGAACAUAAUAGUAGCAGUGCAAGAAGAGGUAAAAAGGAAAACAUGUUUACAUGUUGCUGAAUAUCCAGUGGGGCUUAACAACCUUGUGAAAGAUUUUGAAAGGCGUUGCCUUGAUGAACUUGUACAAGAUUUUGAAAACCAGUGUAGACUGAAGACUGUGAAGAAUAAGGUUGUGGUAGUUGGCAUUUUUGGCAUGGGUGGGUCGGGAAAGACAACUCUUGCCAAAGAAUUGUUUAACCGAAAGAUGUCUAAUUAUUCUAGAGCAAGUUUUCUGUUUGAUGUGCGAGAAGAAUCUGCGAGAAGCAACUUACCUUCUUUGCAACUUAAGCUUCUCAUAGAUCUCUUUGACACAUAUCAUCUGAAUUUUACAAGUACAGAAGAAGGAACAAGCUAUUUCAAAGAUAAUCUACAAAGGAGCCCUGGGCAUUUAAGCUUCCUAAUUGUUGUAGACGAUAUCGAUCAUGUCCAACAGUUAAACUCUCUACUGGUCAGGGAUAUCUUAAAAAAAUCUGGCAUAAACAAAGCUCUGGUUCUCGGCCGGCAUGUUCAUGGUAGAACUCACAGUUAUUGGAGGUCACAAUUGAUUAAAGCUAGAAUGAUGCUGCCUCGAGAUGUAAAGCAAAGAUUGAGAAUAAGCUUUGAGGCAUUGGAUGAUGAACAAAAACAGACACUCAAAGCUAAAUGCCUUGUGGAAGAAAUCAACGAGAUUCGGGGAGAUGUAAUUUUAUUGAGAAUGCAUGACCACCUGAGGGACUUGGGAAGAGAAAUGGCACUUCAGCGCAGCCCUCCCCAACGCCUGUGGCGUCCUCAAGAUCUGAAAUCUUCGGCUUUAAUGGGUUUCAAAAAUGUCCUCACCAAAACCAAUAUGAGGUGUUUCCACUCCAUUUUUGACAAUUCCAUUGGUUCUCAAGUUACAUUCUUUUUAGGCCAAUCAGAUAACUGUGUUGAGACGUCAGCUUCCUUGCUAUGGCUCAAGCUCGAGGGGAAUUCCACGGAACAAUCAAGUAUUCCUUCAUGGAUUCCUCUUCAAAAUUUGCAUCAUCUAGAAAUCCACUCUGGACAGCUCAAAACGUUGUGGGAGAAUAACAUAGAGGCACCUUCCCGCUUGAAAGAGCUGCUGAUUUAUGAAAACUCUUUGAAAGAGUUUCCAGAUUUAUCAGGAAUUUCAGAUAGUUUAGAAAAUGGAUUCUUAGAAAGUCUUGAAAAGCUAGUGAUUAGCGGUGAAUAUUUUGUAUCCAAGAUAUUAAUUAGUGGAAUUCACUAUCCCAGCCUUGACUCUAUCACACUUGAAUACAUGGGAAAUCUUAUGGAAGUGAAUUUAAGAAGUGUAAAGACAUUAAAAUCACUUGCUAUUGUAUAUUGUAAUAAACUCACAAGAUUGACAGGAACAUCUCAUCUUACAAAUCUUGUCCUAUUAAGGAUUAUUCAAUGUCCAGACCUUGAGGAGCUAAGGCUUGCUCGUCCGAGCUGUCUUGAAAGGAUCACAAAUGGUUAUUGUACAAAGUUGAAAAGUGUGUUAAGAAUAUCUUACUUCUGA